AUUACUGUGCAGCCAACUUGAGGAUAAAUGUGAAGUGAUGCUUUUGCGGCUUUAGUGCAAGAUUUUUGCAAGAAGAAAGACUUCUCAGCUGCAAAAAGUCGUCUCGAGAAGUGUACACAUACUUUUAAAAAUAUUCACAUGCAGGGCGCUUUGAGUGGCAACAUUCCAGUCACCUGUGCUAUUCAAACUAGCCCACAUGAAUUUGUGGUAUUCAUCGCUGCCUCAUACGGUCGAUUCUGCAUAUUGCAGUAAGUUUUGACUUCGUCACAUCUUCGCAGGACUGGAAAUAUUGAUACGGAAUUAAGCUCAUUUAGUGGGGGAAGAGGGGAAAAAUAAACCAAGAGAGAGAAAGAGAAAAAAGAGAAGGAAAAGGGAAGAUCUCUGCACCUCCCCUCUCUGUCCCGUUCCAGCAGAGGAGACGUUAAAAAGCUCAUCGUCUUCCCCCGAUCAUGAGGUUUGCAUCCCAGGGAUGGUUCAGGGGUCUGUCCCUGCUCCUGGUGUUCCGGACGGCCGUCUCCAUGGUGAUGCAGCCCAACUCCACAGGCUGGGAGGCCCUGCUGGACAAGUACCUGGAGGAGGACGGGGAGUGGUGGCAGGCCAAGCAGAGAGGCCGAAGGGCCAUCACAGACAGCGACAUGCAAAUGAUCCUGGAUCUGCACAACAAGCUGAGAGGACAGGUCUACCCCCAGGCCUCUAACAUGGAGUACAUGUCGUGGGACACCGAGCUGGAGAGGACGGCGGAGGAGUGGGCGGAGACAUGUUUAUGGGAGCACGGGCCUGCCAGCCUCCUGCCUCAGAUAGGACAGAACCUGGGGGCUCACUGGGGAAGAUUUCGUCCCCCCACGUUUCACGUCCAGGCGUGGUAUGACGAGGUGAAAGACUUCUCCUUCCCCUACCCACAGGAGUGUGACCCCUACUGCCCCUACAGAUGCUCCGGUCCAGUCUGCACACACUAUACACAGCUGGUGUGGGCCACCAGCAAUCGUAUCGGCUGUGCCAUCAACAUGUGCUACAACAUGAACGUUUGGGGUCAGAUCUGGGCCAAAGCUGUCUACCUGGUUUGCAACUAUCAGGCAAAAGGUAACUGGUGGGGCCAUGCCCCCUACAAACAUGGCACCCCAUGCGCCGCCUGUCCCCCCAGCUAUGGAGGGGGAUGCAUGGACAACCUCUGCUACAAAGGCGACGGCUCUGAAUCCCUUACUCCACAAGAGGAAACAGAGGAAAACAACUUCAUUGAACAAGAGGCACCGCAAAACCCCCCGAAACCUCGGUCCCGGGCCCCCAAACCCAACCUCCCCCCGGCCACUACCACCAACCCCCGUUCUGAGAGUCUGGAAAGGAACGAGGUGGUCAGCACACAGCAGAUGUCUCAACUUGUGACCUGUGAUACUAAACUACGAGAUCAAUGCAAAGGAACAACCUGUAACAGGUAUGAGUGUCCAGCUGGCUGUAUUGAUAGCAGAGGGAAAGUAGUGGGGACAGUGCACUAUGAGAUGCAAUCGAGUAUCUGCAGAGCUGGCCUCCAUGCCGGUGUCAUAGACAACGACGGAGGGUGGUUGGAUGUGACAAGACAAGGUAGAAAGGAGUUCUUCAUCAAAUCCAACAAAAAUGGUGUCCAGUCCCUUGGGAAGUACCAGAGUGCCAAUGCCUUUAUUGUUGACAGAGUAACAGUUAAAGCCAUUAACUGUGAGACGACCGCAGCACAGUUGUGUUCCUAUCAGAAGCCUGUGAAGCAUUGUCCAAGACUGUACUGCCCUAGUAACUGUAUGGAAGAGAACCCUCACAUAUCACGGGUCAUCGGCACCAGAACAUACUCAGACAAGUCCAGCAUAUGCCGGUCAGCAGUGCACGCUGGGGUCCUCAGGAACGAUGUGGGGGGCUACAUCGACGUGAUGCCGGUGGACAAGCGGAAACAGUACAUCGCCUCGUACCAAAACGGCAUUUUCUCCGAGAGCCUCCAGAACCCCCCAGGAGGAAAGGCUUUCCAGGUCUUCGCGGUGAUCUGAGAACCCUACAGGGCAGACUGGCCGAACACACCGAGCACGUGGAUGUUUAUCAGGCAGUCCGUCGGCCCGCCGUCUGUUUCCUGGGGGUUGCGCUAGGCUUCGCCGACCUUGCCUUUGCCUGCAGAUCGUCUCCACGGCAACGUAAACCGAGAAAGGAAACUGUACACACUCAAACGCAGAGCUAGGGAUGAGCUAUGGGUAGGUGUUCUUAUGCUCCUACUUAGAUGCUGUCUCAUUAGGGAAAUGGUAUAAACUGUAAAUAUAUUUUAUACGUUCAUCAUAUGUUAUGUUGCACAUACUGUAAGUGGAUCUUGUUCCUUGUGUUUUGUAAUGGUUUGCCUUUGUCUUGCCUCUUUGACAAAUUGACAGAAAAUGUAAAAAAGAUACAGUAGUCGGCACUUAAAGAUAAUAAACCAUAUUAUUUGCUGUUCUUUUUCAUCUCUUUGUUGUUUUUAGAGCAUGUUGCGUUAAACUUGUUCAAGUUAGGCACGUUACUGGUGCUCUGGAGUAUUCUGAUUUUGUGGUUGUCCUUUUAAAGAAUAUAGGUGGUGCAAAUUAUGAUGCAUUUAUUUUUGUAUUGAGUUUUUAUAUUGCAUUAUGGGUAGUUGAGUCAAGGAAUGCUGCUAUAAUUUUGCUGUGUCAUUAUUCCUAUAGAGAUGUUAUGACUGUGUAAGAUAAUGUUUAUCAGAGGUUGAGCUCCCUGCUGGUCGGGAAGUACAGAAACAUCCAGGACAUACAAUCCUACUUUAUUCUCCCAUCAUGCUUGAGUUCUUGCUUUGUGUUCACCUGUUUCUCACACAGUAAUCCCGACAUCGUAAUUGUUCCGGUUGUCAGUGUCACAUAACGUGACUUCGAUUAUGGUGCUUGUGAAGAAAAAUAAAAUUUAGCAUUGUAGUUAGUAAGUAUUUUGUCUGAUUGGACUGUGAAAUAAAGACCAUCUUAUAGAACAACAAGUACAACUUAGUUACAGUACAUGGGUAUAUAAAGCCUUCAUCUGACCUUUAGCUGUACUGUACUGUACGCACACUAAAUGGUUUGUGACAGAAAAAUAAAACACACAACAUUCAAAGAUGCUACUUAUAAUGUAAUCAUGCCUACUACCCGCAUGUUAAAUCAGAAUAUAUUGUUUCUGGUGACCUUGAUAUUUGUGUGGUAGACAAUAAAACUUUAUUUAUGAAACAGCUCUUUUCAACAACUUGUUUUCAACAGGUCUUUUCAACAUCAUGAUGCAUAAUGGAAACACACAAUUUGCUAUGUUGUCUUUGUACAUGCAUUUUCCCUACCUCAAUUUGUUAGAGAAAAUCAGUUCAUUUUGCAAUAAAACAUUUCA